AGUCCUGCAGACUGGACUCAGUUGAACUCUUCGUGUUACAUUUACCAAAACGAAGCAAGGAACUUUGCAGAUGGAGAGGCCGUUUGCAACAUUCUUGGUGGAAAUCUGGUAUCCAUUCAUAAUGACCUGGAAAACACAGUUGUUCAACAACUGAUUGCUGCAGCUAACCUUACUUGGAUUGGACUUCAUGAUUCAAUUGUGGAUGGUGACUACAUUUGGACUGAUGGCACAGUUGAGAAUUUCCGCAACUUUGAGUCAGGGGAGUUCAAUAGCAGUAAUGGUGACUGUGUACUGAUGGAUGAGACUGCUGGACUUUGGACAAGUGCAAACUGUACAGAUCUUCAAACAUAUGUUUGCAUCAAGAAUAUGCAUAGUUUGUUCAUCUAAUCGCUCAUUUUACCAUCGUCUGCCUUCUGUCACAAUGAAUUUCCAUAAUAAUGACUCAAAGAUAGAAACUUAAGUGGUGUCGUUGUAAUUUUAGGUUUACGCUCAAAUCUGCUUUUCUUCUCUAUUCCUUCAAAUGUUACUGAAAACAAUUUUCUAAUGUCAAAGCAUUUCUCUAUUAAAUGAAGGCUUUUUUUCUAGCAUCAAAAUGUAUUUGUCCUUUUUCCAUGCAUUUUUCAAACUGAGUCUAUUGCUUGAAACCUAAAAUUGAAAAAACUUGGGCACUAGCAGUACAGAUGAUGGAUGGAUGGAUGGAUGGAUGGAUGGAUGGAUGGAUGGAUGGAUGGAAUGGAUGGAUGGACGGACGGACAGUUGGAUGGAUGGACGGAUGGAUGGAUGGAUGGAUGGAUUUGUUCAUAAUUUGUAUUUCACAAUUUUAACCAGAGGUGCACAUUCUGUCAGUAUCAACGGAAGGUCAAAGCUCUAGUUUUGCUGGUAAACCGAUGCAGCCAUGUUUGAGUUGGCUUUGCUCUCCAAAACCUGUUUGUCAAUGAAAGAAUCACAAUAAUAAACGAGUUUUUGUUUGGA